AUGUCUACUGCUCGAGCCCAAGACGUUGACGGUCGUAGUACUGGUCUGCCUGUCACUGAGUCGGGUGUCAAUAGUGAGCUGAAUAUUGGUAAAGGUACAUACAAUGCUCCUGCUCCAUACUUUUCUGAUGAUUGGCGUAUUCUUGGUAUCAAUUUGUUUGGUGAGUUAUGCGGAACCUACAUGUUUCUGUUAUUCGCUGAAGUCAUUGCUCAAAUUGCCAACUCUACUAGUCAGGCAUUGGUGACUUCGAAUGCUGCUUCCCUUAUUAUGAUUUCCUUUGGUUUCGGCUUCAGCGUCAUGUGUAACAUUUACAUUUUCUACCGUGUGUCUGGUGGUCACCUGAACCCCUCUGUUACACUCAGUUGUGCGGUUGCUGGAGUCGUCCCACCUUUCAAAGCCACACUCUACAUGGUUGUUCAGGUCAUUGCCGGUAUUGCUGCUGCUGCAACUGCCAGUGCUCUGACCCCCGGCCCCGUCCGUUUCGAUAAUGAGCUCGCUAACGGCUGUUCCAAGUCUCGAGGCCUUUUCAUUGAAAUGUUUGGAGUUAUACCUCUGCAUCUUGCUGUCUUAUUCACUGCUGUUGAAAAGUCCAGAAUCACAUACAACGCCCCUUAUGUCAUUGGCAUUGCUUUGUUCAUCGGUCACUUGUUUGCCGUUUUUUACACUGGUGCUGGUUUGAACCCUGCCCGUUCUUUGGGUCCUGCCAUUGUCAAAGAGUACUUCCCCGUCUAUCAUUGGAUCUAUUGGGUUGGCCCCAUCAUUGCUGCCAUCAUUACCGGCUUGUUCUAUCGUUUCUUGAAGUGGGCUGACUACGAAACCGCCAACCCUGGUCAGGACUCUGAGUAUUAA